UUUAGUUUUGGUAUUUUUUAGCUAGGGCUUUUGUUAUAAUGGUAUCAGAAAUGGGUAUAUUGUUGUAUCCUGAAAAAUUGACUGGUUCAUAUAUUUCACCAAUUUUUAAUACAGUAAAUGUUGUACUAGAUCCUAUUGUUUUAUUUUUGAUUCUUGAUCACUCUCUUCGGAGAAAUCAUGGACAGGAUAGAGUUAUUGGCACUCUUUUAGGAAUUAGAUCUGAAGAUGGAUCUGAAAUAGAGAUUCGUAACUGUUUUGUUGUUCCUCAUAAUGAAAAUCAGGAUCAGGUAGAAGUAGACAUGGAAUAUCAUAAAACUAUGUACGAUUUACAUCGUAAAACUAAUCCUCACGAAGUAGUCGUUGGCUGGUUUGCUACUAUAUCACAGCUUAAUACGUUUAGCGCACUUAUACAGAAUUUUUAUUCUUCAUCUUCUGAUGGUACAUAUCCAUUUCCUGCAGUUCAUUUGACUGUGUCAUUUGAUUUUAAGGCUGGAAUAAACUGCAAAACGUAUAUUUCAUCAGCUGUUGGUGUAACAUCUGAACGAACAGUUGAUAGUUGUUUAUUUUUGCCUAUACCGCAUGAAAUAAGAUAUUAUGACUUUGAAAGAAAUGGAUUUGAUUCAAUUUUAAAAGCUAAAAAUGAAGAAAGCAGGAAAACAAGUAUUUUAGCUGAUAUGGAUAAUUUGGAACAGUCCAUUGAGAAGAUUUUAUCUAUUUUAAAAAAAGUUAAGAAAUAUGUUGAAAAUGUUAUGGAUGGGAAAAAUCGAUCUAAUCCUGCAGUUAUUCGUUUUUUAAUGGAUAAUGUGAAUGUUUCUCCUAAUAUAGAUAUGCUUGAUGUCGAAAAAAUGUUUAAUAAUCAUUUACAAGAUGUUCUUAUGCUUGUUUGUUUAGUAAAUAUUAUUCAUAUACAAUUAGAUAUAGCAAAUCGUUUAGUUGCUUUAGUUUAG